AUGGGAUUUCACUUUAGAACAGCUUCAUGUUGCUCUUUGUUUGCUUCAAAACUCACCGAAUCUGGAAAUCUUGUAUAUAAUGCACGUGAAGGUGCCAAGAGACCAAAAGAUGAGCCACAACUUGCUCUUAGUAAGGGAGAUGAAGAUCUUGCACGUGAAGCUUUAAAGAGGCGUAAAUCUUAUGCUGAGAAUGCAGCUUCUUUGAGGACUCAACUUGAUCAACAGAAAGGUGUUAUGGAUAAUCUUGUGAAUAACACUCGGAUUCUAGAAAGCAAGAUACAAGAGGCUAAGUCAAAGAAAGAUACUCUCAAAGCACGUGCACAAUCUGCAAAAACUGCAACAAAAGUAAGUGAAAUGUUGGGGAAUGUAAAUACAAGCAGUGCUCUUUCAGCAUUUGAGAAGAUGGAAGAAAAAGUUAUGACCAUGGAGUCUCAGGCAGAAGCUCUUAAUCAGCUAACUACUGAUGAUCUUGAAGGAAGGUAUUUUGCAAUGCUAGAGAGCUCAUCAGUUGAUGAUGAUCUUGCAAGCUUAAAAAAUGAGCUAUCUGGAAAAGUCUUUUACUUUCAAAAUGUCCAAACUAAUCUACAAUCUCUAUUUGUAGAUGGAGCUUAUAUCGAAAAUGCGAAAUCCCUUUAUUGUGGAGUAUAAAGAUUCGUUGGUUGAAAAGAUGGGUACCUCCUGCUUUGCCAAUAGCCAAGAGACCAAAAAAUGAGGAAACUGGAGCCACAUUUGCUGCUGGAAGAAGCAGGG